CUAACAUGGGAAUGCCAGCGUUCUUUGACAGAAAAUAAGUCAAGGUAACUUAAGCGUUAACGUUGCUAAUGCUUCUAGGAUUUGGAACUAAUACUGACAGGAGGUUUUUGAAUGUACUUGAAGUUUGACCUACAUAAAGAAAAUCAGAGAUGACUGCAGUAGUGCCAUUUCGGGGAGAAAAUAAUACUUUGGAGAAUUCAAUUACUAAUUAUGAGACAGAAGAGCUACUUUUCAAAGUUCUUGUCAUAGGAGACUUUGGUGUUGGAAAAACUGCAAUUAUUCGGAGGUACACAGAGGGUGUGUUUUCUCAAUAUUAUAAAAUUACCAUUGGUGUAGAUUUUGCUAUAAAAUCCAUAUUGUGGGAUGCCAAGACACGCAUAACACUGCAACUGUGGGAUAUUGCAGGCCAUGAACGCUUUGGGUAUAUGACUCGUGUGUAUUACAAGUAUGCGACUGCUGCUAUCAUUGUUUAUGACUUGUCAAGGCUAACAACUUUAGAAUCAGUUGUUAAGUGGCAGAAAGAUGUUAUAGAUAAAGUUACUUUGCAGAAUGGACAACCAAUUCCAAUAAUAUUGUUGGCAAACAAGUGUGAUAUUGAAGGUAUUUCAAUUAAUUGUGAAAUGUUGACAGAAUUUUGUAAACAACACAACAUCUUAGCUUGGUUUUUUACUUCAGCCAAAGAAAAUAUUCAUAUUGAUGAAGCCAUUGAAUAUCUGGUGGAGAAUAUCAUCUACCAAAGAUCUGAUUUCAAUCAUCCAAAGGGACACAAUCACAUCAGCCUAACUCAUAAACCCAAUUAUAAAAAGGUGAAAUGUUGUGGAACAUGAGCAUCAUUUUAAACAGACCUUGUAUGUAGUUGGCUAUAAUGAUUGAUUGCUGUAUGAUGAUUAACAGCAAAUUUAUAGAGCUGAUGACAGUCAUGCUUAGGUCCUAGAGUGAAUUUUAAUUGGUUGCGAAGC